UGUGCUCGAUGCUCUCUGGGAAACAGAUCUUGGCAACUACCAAGAUGGGAGUUCCCAAAUGCCCCUUCUUCCAUAUCUGGGUCCAGCAGAUGGCACACGGGGCUUCUUUGGCAGCGGCCAAAGAGCCACUGUGGUAUUACUGCAGAGUGCAAAAGAAGCGACAACUUUCAACCGCUUGUUUGUUCUGGCUCCGGCCACAGGCCUGGCUGACAUCACAUCCUGAGAGCAGAGAGACCGGUACCUCCACCACCGGCAGGGUGGGCACAGCCCAGACAAUCUGAGCGAGUGUCGGGACCUGCUUUCUCUCAUUUGAAGAGAACGAGGCAGGAAGGUGGAUGGGGGAAAAUGCCAAGGAGACUCGCUCUGCCCCUGAGGUCUCCGAGAGGGUUUCCUGCUAUGGGUGACCCAGAAGAGCUGGGAAAAGCUUGAGCAAGCGGAGAAGGGAAGGCCGUUCAGCGUGGAAAGGAACAUGGAUUCUUGCCGAGAACUUCAACUUUUGCAAUUCCACAAUGGUUUCUGGUAACUUGACUGUUUGGGUGGUUUUACUCGUACCUCUUGCCUUCUGGGCAUCCAAGAGCCUCCAGAUGGCAUCACCAGGCACGGCUGAGCCCACGAGCAAACCAGUCGCGGAGCAGCUUCCCAUCCAAACCUUCCAAACAGUUCUGUUGAAACGGCUGGGCUUGGAAAGACGGCCGGACCCCAAACCCAAACUGCUGGUGCCCCAGUACCUGCUGGAUUUAUACCGAUUCUCCUCGAGGCAGCUUCCAGCCUCUCCAAAGGAUACUGAGCAACCUUUCCUGGAAGGCCGAGCAGCGGCAGCCAACACAGUGCGCACCUUCCACCAUGUUGAGCAGCCGGGGCCUUCUUACCUGCUCCCGAACACUGAGGAAUGUAUGCCUCCCGGCCCCAGUCCUGGCUCCAUGCCCACACAAACUGCAGAAGAAGGAGCAUCUCCCUGCCCCAGCCCUGACUCCAUGCCCAGGCAAACGGAGCAGCUAGACCCCUCCCCCUCCUCCACAGCAGAGGAUUCGGGGCCUGUCUCUGAAGGUGCAGGAAACUCGUUCUACUUCCUGUUCAACCUCACUGUGCUGCCCUUGGAAGAGGAGCUGACUGCCCUUGAGUUGCGUCUCUAUCACUCCCCUAAGGGAAGCCAGGGCUUAUACAUCCACGUUUACCACGCCAUGGAUCCCCCACCGGUGGCCCCAAACAAGAGCCGACUCCUCACGUGCAAAUUUGUGACACCCAGCCAGCCCAAAUGGGUGAGCUUUGAUGUGACGGCUGCUUUCCAGAAAGCAAGAGAACGGAAGCGUCACCUGGGGCUUCUGGUCGAGGUGCAACCUUCGAACCGCAGCCAAGAUCUCCCGCGCCAACGGAUUCCCCUCCGUGCAAGACGGUCUCCCGGCCAAGAGGAGGCUCAGUGGGAUCUCGAAAGACCUUUACUGGUCACUUACAGCCAUGACCGAAGAGGGCAACCUCUGACCCACAGAAAAAGGCAAAGCAGAAGCCACCCCGUUAAAGGCAGAGGAGUGAUGAAAGUCCCGGCCUCCGCCAGGAAGCGCAAAGGCCUGAGGCCGAAGACGAAAAGCAGCGCCAGGUGCAGAAGGCACCGCCUCUUUGUGGAUUUCAAGGCGGUGGGGUGGAACGACUGGAUCAUUGCUCCUAGUGGCUACCAUGCUUUCUACUGCUCGGGGGACUGUCGCUUCCCGCUGGCCGACCACAUGAACUCUUCCAGCCAUGCUGUGGUGCAGACCAUCCUGAACUCGGUGAACUCCAAAGUGCCCAAGGCGUGCUGUGUCCCCACGGAGCUCAGCCCCAUUGCUAUGCUUUACCUAGACCAGAACGAUAUGGUCGUCCUCAAGACCUACCAAGACAUGGUGGUGGAGGGAUGCGGGUGCCGCUAGAAGCCAAAGUGCACAGGAUGGUCUUUUCUCAGUAUUGAAACGAGGAGGUGGGGUCUCUCAGUAAAAGCGACGGACAAUAAAGUCGGGCCUGUCAAAGGCAUUUCACGUAUUAUUGCAAAAGAAUGGGAGGGUCAGUACAAGAUCACCGCAGACAAAGAGCUAAAUAGGAUCUUCCCCUAUGACCAAAUUUGCAGAUGAUACUAAGCUAUAGCUAACACUCUAGAAGAACUCUAGACUUGAACACUGGGCCCUAUCUAACAACAUGAAAUUCAAUGUAGAGAAAAGUAAAGUCCUACACUUAGGCAAGGAAAACCAAAAGGACACAUAUAGACUGGGUGAAACCAGCUUAAUAGCAGUAACUGUGAGAGGAAUCUUGGAGUCUUAGUGGACAAGCAGCUAAAUAUGAGCCAGCAGUGUGCAGCGGCAGCUAAAAAAGCCAACGCAAUCCUAAAUUGCAUUAACAGAGGGAUAUAAUCAAGAUCAAGGGAGGUACUAAUACCACUCUAUAAAGCCUUAGUAAGACCACACCUAGAGUACUGCAUCCAGUUUUGGUCACCACACUAUAAAAAAGAUGUUGAGACUCUAGAAAAAAUGCAGAGAACAACCACCAGGAUGAUUAAGGGAUUGGAGACUAAAAUAUACAAAGAGUGGUUGCAGGAACUGGGCCUGGCUAGUCUAGUGAAGAGAAGGACCAGGGGAGACAUGAUAGCAGUCUUCCAAUAUCUGAGGGGCUGCCACAGAGAGGACCACAUUCUGCAGGCCACUGUUGAAAACAGCAAGGCCGUUGUGAUUAAUCUCAUGAGUGAGCAAUGAUCCUUUGUGCUGCCACCUUUUAAUGCAACAAUUGGUCAACAACCACUCUGAAUAUAACUCUUUAUCACUUUCAGCUAGAAGGGACUAUGGGAGCUGUAGUUCAAAACAACUGGAAUACAUAAAAUUACCUGCCCCUUAUUAACGAGUAUCCAGAUAUUCUUAUAGACACAACCGCCAUCAGAUGAACAAUAAAUGAAAUAUUGACCAAGCCUGUCGCAGUGAUAGAGCCCAGACCAAAAUUAAGACAUGCUGAAACUAAGAGCAAAUGUACAUUACUCAAGAGAAAGGUAUCUGUGAAAUGAUCAUUCAAUAAUACUUUGUUUUCUGUAUUUACAUCUGCUUCAUAGCUUUGGAGAGUUUCUCCAGUCAAAAUGUUGUUUUAAUCAGAAUUAUGAAGGCAAAUAUUUGGCACAUAAGUUUCUUAAGAGGCAGAGCAAUCCAGUCUUCCAAUCGCAUGCAGUUUCUUACCCCUCAUUUUGGCUGCAAUCCCAUGGGGCCUUAGAAGGUGGCCCAGAGUGAUGGGUUUCUCCAGAUUAUUAUUCUCUAGUCAGAAAGGGAAUAGAAUCUAACAGGAACAGUUUUCUUGAACCCAUCCUAACAUCAUCCUAACAUCAGGGCUUCUGACUGUUGUAGGAAAUUUGAGAAAACCCACUAUUCCUGGCAAUGUGUUACAUACCUAUGUAUUGCCAUAGUAGGACCUCUGUGGUUCGUAACACAUUGCCCAGGCAUGGUGGGUUUCCUCAAAUUUGAUAGUUGAGAAACGUCAACAUUUUAACACAAAACCACCUCAUGAAUCAAAAACACCCUUAGACAUCCUGUUAAAUCAAACAAACCAUGUUCUAGUUCACAACUGAGCAAGUUGGGUGAACCCAGCCACAUGUGGCUUAUUCAAAAAUAUAAAAAGGUAAAGGUUCCCCUCGCACAUAUAUGCUAGUCAUUCUCAACUCUAGGGGGCGCUGCUCAUCUCUGUUUCAAAGCUGAAGAGCCAGCGCUGUCCGAAGACAUCUCCGUGGUCAUGUGGCCGGCAUGUCUCAACGCCAAAGGCUCACGGAACGCUGUUCCCUUCCCACCAAAAGUGGUCCCUAUUUUUCUACUUGCAUUUUUUACCUGCUUUCGCACUGCUAGGUUGGCAGAAGCUGGAACAAGCAAGGGGAGCUCACCCUAUGAGUCCUUCGGGAGAAGGGCGGUAUAAAAAUCUAAUUAAUUAAUUAAAUAAAUAUUACGCGGCACUAAGGAUUCGAACCGCUGAAGUGCCAACGUUUCGAUCGACAAGCUCAGCGUCUUAGCCACCGCGUCCCACAUUCAAUAAUAUACAACACGCCUAUCCAGAUGGAGACUAGAGUAGUGCGGUGGCCUAGAGGUGGAGCUCUCGCCUCACAACCAGGAGGCUGUGAGUUCGAUCCUAGGUAGAGGCACCUAUUUCUCUCUCUGAGUACAAUGAGAUUAUAUCUGCUGAACAAAACUCCGCAUUGGCAACAGGGAAGGGCAUCCGGCCAUUCAAACACUCUACUAGCUGCAUUCAGUUGCCCAGACUCCACCCUGCAAGGGAUUGCGGGGUGUGUGUGUGUGUGUGUGUGUCAUUAAAAGGAAGAUGAUGAUAUCCAGGUGGAGGCUACUUCUCAUGUGGCAAUAAACCAAGGCUUGUUAACCAUGAUUUGUUGCUGUCAAGCCUUCCAGGUUAACAAAAAGUUAAUAACCCAUAAAAACAAAUCCUGGUUUGUUUGGUGUUUUUUUUUUGGUGUUUGGUGGUGUUGGGUUU